CUUUUCGUUAGUUUAUAUUUUGCGACAGUCGUAAUUCGUCAAACAAAAUUUUGGUUUUAUUUUUUCAAAAAAUAGCUGAUCCUUUUGCCUACAUUGUCAAUGGACCCUGUUACUAUAGAAAAGGAUGAUGAAGGGUUCGCAGACUGUGACAGCCCAGAAGAUGAAACCAUGGAAACCAAUCUUGCUGCGGAAGGGGAUGAUGAACUCCUGAAUGGCCCAAGAGCCACUGUAUAUUACAAGGUCCCGGUGUCACCUACAGAGAAGGAAGAGCAGGGAGUGGGCUUUUCCAAAGAAGAAAUUGAAGAAAUGAAGAAAAGUGAUCCAUACCAGAAGAAAAUAUCCACUUGCCAUUUAUGUCAGCAGUGCUGGUUCGAGAAGCAAUUUAGCCCCCAUUGUCCGGAGUGUGGGGGUUACGCCUUACAGCGACCAUGUGUCCUGUGUAGCGGGCAAUGUGGACAGGAGUGGAGAAGAGACAUUUCCAAGACCCAUUCCUUCCACAAAGCCCACUGGGAGGGAAGGUGUGAUCUACCAACAGAGGUUCAGCAAGCCCUCAUGCAGCAGACAGACUCGGAACAGUCCAUAUCACAGGGCAUACAGUGUCUUUCAACCACCUAGUAUUCCCCGCAUUCCAUAAAGGCUUAAUAAAUAUUGACAAUUGUUGUUAUAUUUUUUCCGAUAGAUUUGUCAAUGUCUGUGUGUUUUUUCCAUUUUUUAUCAUUUUUUUUUUCACAAUAGAUAGUAAGUGGAUAUUCUCCACAGAAUAUGUGGAUAUUCCACACAGAAUAUGAUUAUUGUUGCCUGUGUGCUAUAGACUUUAUUAAGUUUUGAACAAAUAAAAUCAAUUUCAACUGAUGUCAAAAGAAUCUUGAAAUUCAUGUUUUGAAAUUUAAAUCAGAUUUUAUCCAAUUUUUCUCACUUUUUUUCGAUGCACAUUAUUUAGCCUUGCCUAUUAUCCUGUGUUAAUUAUGUAAUACUUAACAAAAUGGUUGUCAACCACUCUGGUUGUGUGUCUCCUUUUUUCAAAUGCUAAAUUCAUAUUUUAAAAAAAAGUGCUUAAUGAUCUGAAAUUUUAUGGGGUCAUAAAUUUUGUGUGUUUCAAUUUAUUUGAUUGUAUGCAUUUGUCAUUUUGAUAGUACCGGUUUCAUAAUUAUUGAUUUAUUUUGCAUUUAUUUUGACUGCCAAAUUUAAUUGCCAUAAAUGAUAACAUUUUUGACUUGCCUUUAGAUUUUUGGCCAAAUGUUAGAUUGUUAUUAAAAUUUGAAACUGGAAUUAAAGUGACAUUCAUAUUCAAAAUCCAUACAUACACAUGAAUAACAAACAUCAAUUUUGACUUAUAAACCUUUAACUACUUACUAAAUAAUGCAUUUAUGCCAAAUAUUUUUUUGCUGGAAAAUUACUUAUAACAAGAUUGUAACCAUGUAUUUAAUAGCAGAAAGCACAAAAAUAUUAAAUGAUUGGUGACUGUUAAAAGAUUUACUAUGGUCUACUAUAGUCUCACAAGGUAUACCGUAAGUACCAUGUUUUAUGCACAUUUCUUUUAAAUUAAACUCGGUAUCCGUCAUAAAAACCAUUGUUUUUGACAUUCAUUCAUCCUUUUUGGAAAUUAAAAACAAUAUUAUUAAAUGCGGUAAAUCUCAUUUUGGAGUAAGAGUGCAUCUUUAAUAAAUUUUCAAUUUGUCUGGCGUUUUGCCAUCUGUGACAUCAAACUUUAUAUGUACGUUCUUUAACUUGGGCAUUUCAAAUCCAAUCUUUACAAAACUUAGUCACAAUGUCUUUGAUCUUAAUAUUUUGGUCAAGUUAUGUAAAUAGCUAAAUUGCAUUAUUCACAAUGUUUAUGGGCAUAAUAUCUUGGCCAAGUUACGUAAACAGCUAAAUUACAUUAUUUACUUUAGAUUUGUGGCCCUCUAAUUGUCAUAUUUUUUUUGAAAGAGCGAGAUUCCAGCAGAUGACUUUUUCAAUCGGCAUUUAAGUGGCAGCCAUCUUUAAGCAGCCGUAUUGAUAGAUUUUAUUGUCUUAACAUUUUGAGUUUUUUUUGCCAAGAUUAUUUAAACAUGCUGUACAUGUAAUAUGCAUUAUUCACACUUGUUAAUCAGUAAACAAACCACGACCAUGGUUUUCUGUUCACAAAGUUCAUGACAAUGAUUUUCUGUUGUUUGGUCACAAAGUUCACAAUUUUGGAGUGGUUUACUAAAUCUCAAUGAUUUACAAAUUAUAAUAAACCCUUACAAUUGGCCGAUUGUUCAGAACAUUGUUAAAGUUAACAAUGUUGUUAACGUCAUCGUUGUUGUUAACGUCAUCGUUGUUAACUUUCAAAUUGUUACUGCACUGGAUGUUAAAAAGAUACACUUGUGAUCUGCUGUAUUUCUUACAAUAUUCAAGACAGCUGUUUCAGCUCUGCAGUACUUAUUUUAUUCAAAUAUAUUAUGACAUCAGAAAGUUAACAACGAUGUCGUCAGCAGCAUUGUUAACUUUUACAACUUUGUUAACAGUUGGCCCAAUGAGUUUUGAUUUUUUGGCCACAAAGUCUUUUAAGCUAAUGAUUGCGAUUGGUUUACAUAAUCUCAAAUGUUUUACAUAUUUAAACAAACCGGACCAAUGAUUUUCGGGGGGGGGGGUGCUUUAGCCGCAAAAUCCUUUAAGUUAACAAAUUUGAAGUGCCAGGUUAACAAGCUUUCAAUGAGAUUAAAUUUUUACAAAGGGCUUAGUGAGAUAACCUUGAAAAAAAAUACUAUAUCCAUUUUCAUAAUAAUCAGAACGGGCAUUUGUUAACGUAAAAAUAGAAUAAUUAUUUUUUUGGUUAAUAUGAUUGAAUUAAGAUUAAAACCCACUGUUUUAAGUAAAAACAUGAUUCAGACGUUUCUCCAGGUAUAUUAAUAACAUUGUCGUGAUAAGAAUUCACAUUAUUAAAACAAGAUUUCUGUAACUGAUCGCCAUAUCUCAACGAUGAAUAUUAUAUUAUAGUACAUAUAUAUAUUUAUUGUCAAUUAAUAAUAUUUAUUGUUUAGUCGAAACUGGAAAUCAAAAUUGUUGUUUUUUUGUGUUUAUAGUCAUGUUUUUCAUACUUAAUCAAAGUCAUUAAUAUUAGUAAAAAAAUAUUUUAUCUCGUCUCUUUUUCGAAGAAGUAGUGUCCACGCUGGCGUCAAUGUUCGCAGCAUCAUUGUUAUAACUAGCAAAAACUGUAGCCUUGGCUGUUAUAGCUCAAAUAACAUUUAAGAUUUUGAAUUGAAACUUGGUUCACAUGUUGCCAGUGGCAUUACGCAUAUAUACAGCAAGGUCCAUGACUCUGUUUUUAACUAUUGUAGAGUUAUGCCCCUUUUUGUACCGAAAUAAACAACAGACCAGCAUGAGCAUUCGUUCUAUGAUGCUCUCAUUUCCAAAUGCCAACUGCUCUUGUCUACUUUAAAGCAUGUCAUUGAAACACUCGUUCUUUUUGCCACAAAUUUAGAUGUUUGCAUAAUUAUAGCAUUAUCAUUAUUUUUGUCAUUGUCAAUUCAGUUUUUAUUUUGAUGAAUGGAAAACAUGUUUAUAUGCUGAGCAUGAGUUUUGUAUACAUGAUGAUAAUAACGAUGAUGAUGAUGAUGAUGAUGAUGAUAGCAAAGUGUCAGAAAUCAGAUAAAGGUAUAAAGUCGUAAUUUUCAAAUAAACACACUAAGGCCUAAAAAAUAAUAAUUGUCUGGUUAGGUUUACAUCUUUCAAAAAUAGGUAGGGUAGGUAGGCUUUUUAUAAAAAAAAUUAUUAGGCUUUAUAUUAGAAUGUCAUUUUCAUCAUUGGAGAAUGGUGUUAAAACCUUAAUUGCUUAUAUAGAAGAUAACUUUAACACCAUUCUACAUAUUGAAAAGCAAAAAGAAAAAAAUAUUUUUUUAGUUUUUCAUUUUUUUUUUCAAACUGACUAUAAAAACGGUAGGGUCGGCGCCUAUUCUGUAGGUAGGGUCGGGUAACCCGAACCAAAUGUAUUUUUUUUUAGGCCUAAGGUUAGGCUAACAUUUCUCAUUUUACUAUGUGUUCUAAAUGAAAAGUACUAAAUGUUCUUUGACUGAUGGCCUCAAUGCAUUUAUUAGUUUAUAAAUCUCAAUAUUUAUCACUUUGUUCAACAUAAGUCAAGGGUCAAUUGUAUAAAACUUCAUAAACUAAUCCUCAGGUUCAUCUUUUGUUUAAAUUGCACAUGCAAGUAAUUUGAUUGGUCAAUGAACAUUAUUGGAUAAAUAUUGACUCAAACUUUUUGACCAACUUGAACUUAACCAAAGAAUUAUCCAGUUUUAUACAAUUAGCCGCUGAUAAGGAAAUUAAUAUUUAAUGCUCAUUUUCGUGUUGUAAAGUUUGUAAAAUAUGUUUGUACUAAUGUUAAAUGAUAUUUUUGUAUUAGAAAUUAUUUGUUUUUCAUUAUAUAUUUUUUUCUCAAUUGUGCUAAAUAUGCUUGUGCUAAAUUGUUUUUGUUUGACAGUAUGCAUAGCCUCUUAAAGCUGCACUCUCACAGAUUGUCAGUUUUGACAUGUAUUAAAAGAUUGUAUCAGAAUUGGCUAUAUUUGGCCAUCAAUGCCUUCAAUCAAUCAUAUUAGAUAUUUUGCAAUAGAACAAAUCUCAAAUGUUGGGUAAAACUUCCCAAAACUUUCAUUUUUCUUAAACUUAAGCAUUAAGCCAUUGAACAUCAAUUUUCGAACUUUUUUACGAUAAUUUGUGAUUUGAUCUUUUGUCACCAGUCGUAAAUCACUGGUUUCCAGACAUUUAGGCAAAAAUUGGCUCAUUCAAAGACAAAAAAUAAAAAAGUCAUCAAAAUGAUCAAUCUGGUCGAGUGUAACUUUAAAAUAGACAGCAGUACUAGUUUCUACCCAGGAAACAGACUUCAGUGAUAUUUUAUGAGCUAUCGGCUUUCUAUAUAUUAGAGCUGAAAGCAAUAAGUAGAUAUUGUGUAUACAAUAUGUUGUGGCUUUUGAACAAACUGUAGACAAAAAAAUUUGUGACAAUGAUUAAUGUAUAUGCUUUAAACUAAUAUGCUUUUCUGUAUUGCCAAAGCUAUUUUGUUGAACUUGCUUCAUUGCCUUUCAAUAACAAAUUAUUUCAAUGAUAUCGAAAUCCAAUGUACGCUAUUUAAUGAUAACAUGAAUACAAUGUACACUAUUUUAUGGUAAUUAACUACAAUGUAAGAUAUUUUAAUGAUACUUGAUAAUGUACGUUAUUGCAAAUAUACCUAAAUACAAGGUAUGCUAUUUCAAUGAUACCUUAAUACAUUGUAUGCUAUUUUAAUGAUACCUUAAUACAAUGUACGCUAUUUCAAUGAUACCUAAAUACAAUGUACGCUAUUUCAAUGAUACCUAAAUACAAUGUACGCUAUUUCAAUGAUACCUAAAUAUAAUGUACGCUAUUUCAAUGAUACCUUAAUACAAUGUACGCUAUUUCAAUGAUACCUAAAUACAAUGUACGCUAUUUCAAUGAUACCUUAAUACAAUGUACGCCAUUUCAAUGAUAACUAAAUACAAUAUAAGCUAUUUCAAUAAUACCUAAAUACAAUGUAAGCUAUUGCAAUGAUACCUAAAUAAAAUGUACACUAUUUUAAUGUCACCUUAAUACAAUGUACGCUAUUUCAAUGAUACCUAAAUACAAUGUACACUAUUUUAAUGUCACCUUAAUACAAUGUACGCUAUUUCAAUAAUACCUAAAUACAAUGUACACUAUUUUAAUGUUACCUUAAUAUAAUGUACGCUAUUUCAAUGAUACCUAAAUACAAUGUACACUAUUUCAAUGAUACCUAAAUACAAUGUACGCUAUUUCAAUGAUACCUUAAUACAAUGUACGCUAUUUCAAUGAUACCUAAAUACAAUGUACGCUAUUUCAAUGAUACCUUAAUACAAUGUACGCUAUUUCAAUGAUACCUAAAUACAAUGUACGCUAUUUCAAUGAUACCUUAAUACAAUGUACGCCAUUUCAAUGAUAACUAAAUACAAUAUACGCUAUUUCAAUAAUACCUAAAUACAAUGUAAGCCAUUGCAAUGAUACCUAAAUACAAUGUACACUAUUUUAAUGUCACCUUAAUACAAUGUACGCUAUUUCAAUGAUACCUAAAUACAAUGUACACUAUUUUAAUGUCACCUUAAUACAAUGUACGCUAUUUCAAUAAUACCUAAAUACAAUGUAAGCUAUUGCAAUGAUACCUAAAUACAAUGUACACUAUUUUAAUGUCACCUUAAUACAAUGUACGCUAUUUCAAUGAUACCUAAAUAAAAUGUACACUAUUUUAAUGUCACCUUAAUACAAUGUACGCUAUUUCAAUGAUACCUAAAUACAAUGUACACUAUUUUAAUGUCACCUUAAUACAAUGUACGCUAUUUCAAUGAUACCUAAAUACAAUGUACACUAUUUUAAUGUCACCUUAAUACAAUGUACGCCAUUUCAAUGAUACCUAAAUACAAUGUUCACUAUUUUAAUGUUACCUUAAUAUAAUGUACGCUAUUUCAAUGAUGCCUAAAUACAAUGUACGCCAUUUCAAUGAUACCUAAAUACAAUGUACACUAUUUUAAUGUCACCUUAAUACAAUGUACGCUAUUUAAAUGAUACCUUAAUACAAUGUGCACUAUUUUAAUGUUACCUUAAUAUAAUGUACGCUAUUUCAAUGAUGCCUAAAUACAAUGUACGCCAUUUCAAUGAUACCUAAAUACAAUAUACACUAUUUUAAUGAUACAUGUGUACAUGAAUACAAUGUAUUCGAUGUCAUCGUGAUUACAAAAUACAAUAUAUGCUACAUUGCUUUUUUAAUGAUUCCUAAAUACUUUGUACAUUUUCUCAAUGAAACCUUAAUACAAUGUAAACUUCUAUUCAACCAUUUUCGCUCGCUUAUCAGAAUCUGCUUUAAAAUGUUUUGUUUUCCCGUAAAUUAUAUAGUUAUUAUAUGGUAAUAUAUUUGAAAAAUUUAGUACAUUUUUGUUUUAAUAGAUGGUGAUGUUUAACAAUGAACUGAGAAUGCUGUUUAGAAUUUAAAUGUUUUUUUUCGGGGGGAGGGGGGGAUAUUGAAUUAAAUAACAAGUAUGAUUAUCAAAAUGUUAAUUCUCUGUUUGUUCUGGCAUGUUGGAAAAAAAAACUAAGCACAGUCAUACAGUGCUGUGUGGUGAAAAAUGAAAUUAUGUUAAGUAAAAGUUGGCAUGGUUUUGGCAUACGAAUUUAAAAUAAAUUUAAUUUGUUGUGUUUGAAGAAAAAUGUUUGGGUCUUCAGCUAGCCUUAUGUAAUCAGGGAUGUGAUUUGUCCGCGGAUUCGCGGAAUUCCGCGGAUCUGAUGGCCCCAGAGACCGCCCCCCCCCAAAAAAAAAAAAAAAAAAUAAUAAUAAUAAAAAUAAAUAAAUAAUAUUUUUAUUUUUUUUUUUUUUUUUACCUGAAAAAAAAUAUUUGGUUGCUUUCAGUUGUUUUAGUUAAUAUUCAAGUUUGCUUCAAAUUUAAAGUCAGUAGAGCCCUCACAAGAGCUUCUAAAAAGCUAUUUUUUCUUCUACAGCAGUGCGCUUUUGACCCCAAAAGCGCCCCAUAAACCCAAGGCCGAAAAUGUUUCAGCCCUCCAGCUGCCAGGUCAAUCACAUCCCUGAUGUUUUUGUGUGCUGUGGUGGCUUAAUUGUGCUUUGGCCAUAACUCAAUAAAACUUAAAGAUAUUCAAUAUGCACAUGUAUGGCAAGGCCCAGAACUGUGUAUUAAUAAUUCAGGGCUUCCAUUAAAGUUUAAAACUGGAAGUAUGAACUUCAUGACCAUUAAUAUUGGAAGUUUUUCACUGAAAUUUGGAAGUUUAAGUUCCCUGAAUACAUUUUUUUCCCCAGUAUUUUUUAAAUAGUAUAUUAAAAAUGAAAUAAUUUGAAGCUAUAUCUUGCCAAAUUUACAGAUAAUUCAUUUUACCUCAGACUGAUUGCAAUUGUGAGCAUAAAAGUAAUAUUGACACCAGGUUUUGAUAUUUUGAACUUUCAAGGAAUUAAGUUUGGAAGUUUUAACCCAUUUCUAGGGAGUAACAUACUUACAAACUUCCUUUAAUGGAAGCCCUGAUAAUUUUAAAGUUAUGCCCCUUUACCACAGGAAACAACAGAUGAGAAUUGUCGUUUUAUCUGCAGCCCUCUUGCCAGUCAAUUUCAAUCAUGAAAUAUAAAAAAGUGUUCCAGUGUAAGAUGGAAGUAUAUUUCACCUUGUGAACACCAAAGUUUGAUAAGUCAAUGACCAUUCAAGAAAUUCAACUUUUGGUGCUCACUCGGUGGAUGAAAUAUAUUACGAUCUUACAUUGGAACAAACAACUAUCCUCUAUAUAACUUGUGGCAACUCUACUCGGGCAAUAUAACUUGGUGCCCAUUCAGUGAAAUAUAGUGCUAUCUUAAAUUGAAUCAAACAAUUACAUGCAUUUUUUCCAGGGUAUUAAUAUUUGUUGUAAGGCAAUAUUGUUAAAUACAAUGUAUGAUAGUUUGUAUAAUAUGAACAUUUCGCUUAACGUUAGUUUCUUGGUUGCAGUUAUAGAAAUAAUUAGUAAUGUUUGAUACAAUAAUUGGACAAACCCAUAUCUCUAAAUUUGCGGAUUAAUUAUUAUCCUCACAUUCAUGUCAAUAUUGUUAUAUUUCUUUGUCACUUAUUAUAUACAUGUAAUAAUAUGUUCAAAAAAAAAUAAAA